ACUCUCAAACCAACCAGCCAUUCGUUGUCGACGUAAAAUUUGUUUUGUUUUGUUUUGUUUGCUCGAAAAUCUUGGAAAAUUGAAUCAUCUUUUUUUCUGGUAACCAUUACACAUUGAUUGGUGGUAAUUCAAACGAAAGAAUCAAUAUCCUGAAUUGUGCAAUAAAUAUCCCAAGAAGAAGAGAUCCAAAAAAAAAAUUAGCAAACGAAUCCAAGUAUGAAGUUUGAAUAUGCAAAGUAUUAUUGGUCAUUCUUAUGAACAUCAGCCAUCAUCUGGUUAUCAUUUGGUUGCGAAUACCUUGCCAAUGUCAUAUGUUUUAGCCAAUUGUGCUACAAUUUCACAACCAUUAUCAUCAUCAUCAUCAUCAAUAACAUCCGAUAUAAUGCUAAUGUCAUCGGGAUCAACUUCAAACAAUUAUACAAAUAAUACCAAUUCAACUAAUAACAGUAAUCAACAACAAAAAAUGAAUAUGAAUCAAUCAUUGGAUAGUCAAUCAUUACGUAUUGAAUUGGAACAAACAAAAAAUAAACUUCAUUCGAAAACAUAUGAAUGUAAUAAACUGAGACAACAAUUAAAACAAUUUUCAACUGAAAUUGAACAAUAUAAACAAAUUUUAUCAAGUUUUACUCAGAAUCAUGGAACAACAGAUCCAAAUGCAUUAUUAUCUGUAAAUCUAUCAACAAUCGGUAGCCAUACAAAUGGUGGUGGUAUAACCAAAACAAAAGAUACUAAAUCCAAAGGUGGACAUUCUGGUGGUGGCAAUAAGAAAAAAUCUUCAACUGGAAAUAAUAAUUGUAAUUGUUGUUGUGAUGUGGAUAAACCAUAUAUUUGCGAUUGGGUUAAUUGUGGAAAACGUUUUCGACAAAAACCACAUCUUGAAGCACAUCGUAAUAUACAUACUGGACGACGAUUUAUUUGUGAUUGGCCAAAUUGUGGAAAAUCAUUUGUUCGUAAAUAUAAUUUAGCUGAACAUCAAAAAUUACAUUCAUCCGUUAAUCCAAAUAUGUGUACGUAUCCAGAUUGUGGAAAGGUUUUUAGUUCCAAAUAUAGUUUGAUGCGUCAUCAAAAUGCUCAACAUAAUCUUAAUCUUUGAAAAAAAAAUUUGGACAAGAUUAUAAGAUACUUCCACAUCUAUGCAGCUUCAUUUUACCGAACGACGAUUACACCCACCAAGAUUGAUUCUCAAAAAUUUUCAAAUGUGAAACAG